UCUUUACAUGUUGCAGUACUCGUGUUGGUGUUCUGCAAUUGCAGUAAACAAAAAUUGUGCUUACUGUACUUGUACAAUAACUUCAGCUAUUGGAAAAAGGGUCAGCCGAUUUCAUAACGAGGAAUUAGAAAAGUGACGGGAAAGGUUAUAAAUUGUUUAGGUUUGCGCGGGUUGCAUAUGCGUCUGCAAUUACAUACUUGUACUACAAAGUUAGAGAUUAUACAGUGCAGUGCUUAAUUUCUUUCGCACUGCGAAUCCGUUUGAACUUUUGUCGCCACUCGUCAGCAUGGAUCUGGAGGGCUAUGCUUUUAAUGUUGUUUGGGAUUACGAAGGGAAUAUACGACAGUUUCUGCUGCGAUUUUAUCCCUUCCAAGAGGCUGUCGAAAUGGUCGACGUGCUGAAACGGAAGGUAUUUGUGAAGCGAACGAAAAUUCCCGGUGUGCAGUUGGCGCAUUUGAAUGUUGGGAGUACGGUGUCGGUUCUCAACCGACAGCUGUUAGUGAUGUCCUUUGCGGAUGAAAUUACGCGGCAAGCCAUGGAGAAGUUAUUUCAGCGAACAGUUGUGAUAUUCAAAGUCAACCUGCACAUGGGCUCCGUCCUGGACAGUCUCACAUCGGGUGGUCUGUCCAACUUGAUGACUGUCACCCGCAUUAAAAUGCUGGUGCUGCAGAAAGAGGAAAUCCUGAAACUGGGCUUGGUUGGACAGUGUCAUUUCACUGCGCCAUCCGUGUGUGCUGAGGUCACCGGGCAGGAUGCAGUGAAGCACUGCCAGGAUGUGCUGGGAGCAAUCAGCAGCUGCUUCGACAUCCAGGAUUUCUGUUAUGCCGCUCCUGACGUGUCCACAGCCGACUGGACGUUACGCUCCAUUUUCGAUAAACCCCGGGCGAAUACCGCGAUAUGCGAUGGUUCGGGAAUGUUGUGUCUCAUUAAGCCACAUGCUAUUCGCGAAGGUUCACUACCGAAAAUAAUUAAGCACAUUCUCAAUAACGAUUUUGUGGUUACCGCCAUUGAAACCGUCGUUAUGAACCGAAAUUCGGCGGAAAGCUUCUUGGAGCUGUACAAAGGAGUCGUUCCAGAAUACCUGGCAUGGGUGGAUCACAUGGCCUCCGGUCCAUCGGUUGCAAUGGAAGUGCGACAUUUGGAGAGUGGAACAUACGACAAGUUCCGAAAAUUAGUCGGUCCCACCGACCCGGGAAUUGCAAAAACGAUCAGACCGGAUACCUUGCGAGCUUUGUUCGGACGGGACAAGAUUCUCAGCGCUGUACAGUGUACGGAUUUGGAGCGGGACUGUGCCAGCGAUCUUGAAUUCAUGUUUAAUUACAUUGCCAAAUGAUUGUGUUUCUCUUGCCAAAUUAAAUGUACUCGUAUUAAAUGUUUUCAGUUUCUACGUGUAUUUCCUUCUUUCUUCCAGACUUCCUUUGUUUGUUAUUUGCUAAUUUUCCAUACGAGUCUGUACUGCUUUUUUACACCAAGUCAAUAAAAUUA